AUACACAAGAAAAGCUAAAUCCAGAAAGAAAUAGAUAUGAUCUUCAGGUGAAAUCCCCGCCGUCCAUCUGUUGCCGUUUAGAUUUUUACCCCACUACCCCCCACAGAUCGCACUAGAAAAGGCCAAAUUUGUAUGUUCCUGCCAAACCCACAGCUCCCUCCGUCCCUCUAACUUCCUGGUCUAUUCAAAAUCGCAGAGCCAGGAGGAAUCGCAUCUUGUCAGACACACACCGACAGCGGCCAGAAAAGCAAAAAUGGCGCAGCAGCCUCAGCCCGACCCGGAACCCUUGCUUUCUCUUUCGGCACAACUCCUCGGCUUCCGCGAUUUCUCCGGCGCCCGGAAAUACGCUCUUUUGGCCCAAAACGCCGACCCUAGCCGGACAGAGCCACCUCAAAUCAUCGCCAUUGUCGACAUUCUCCUCGCCGCCCAGAACCGCCUACCCACCACCGGCCUACCCGAUUGGGCCUCCGUACUCCAGCUCGACGACUCAAUGGCCAGCGACCGAGCAUGCAUGAGAAGCCAGUUCACCAAGCUCUUGGCCCUCGUUCACCCUUCCAAGAACAGCUUCCCCUUCUGCCAAGAAGCCUUCGAUCACGUCUUCACCGCUUGGUCGGCCAUGGCGGCGGAGGACAAAGGGAAAUCUCGAGAGGAACCCAGAGCGAAUCCGGGCGAAGAAGAAGAAAAAGGAGAGGGUGGGAAAUCGAAGGGGGGUUCGGGCACAUUUUGGACGGUUUGCCCUUACUGCUUUUAUGCGUACGAGUAUGAGAGCGCGUAUGAGGAUUGCUGCCUCAGGUGUCAGAAUUGCCGGAAAGGGUUUCAUGGGUUAGCGGUUGGGUCGCCUCCGCCGGUGGCUGAAGGAAACCGGGAGGAGUAUUAUUGUGGGUAUGGGUAUUUUCCUCUUAAGUACUAUUUGCGUGAGCAGAGCGGCGGAGGCGAAGGUAGAGGAGGCGAUGGCGGUGGUGGCAGUAAAGGUGGAGUGAAGGGGUUUCCGGCGGAGGAGAAUGUGAUGGAAAUUUCUGAUGAUAGUUCGUCGAAGGAGAAUGGCGGUGAGGAGAAAGAGAGUGAGAGGAAGAAACAUUGUGGAAGUGAAGGAGGAGGUGGGGCUUCUGCAAAUAAUGGGCAGGGUAGCAGUGACCCGGCGGUGAGAAAUGGAAGAAAGAAGGGAACUUAUCGGAAGUCCAUUCUAAAAAGACCGAGGAAGAUGAUGGGAACAGGGCAGGGCAGCAAGUUGAGGGUGGAAACUCAGGAUUCAGAUGCUAAAUUAGGAAACACUGCUGCCACAACUGUUGAAGGAAUGAUCUUUGGAGAAAGUGUGGGGGCGAAUGAGACUGAUAAUGGAGGUUAUAGUGAUGGUGAUUUGGAGUUCUUCUUGGGGGAGGAUGAGGUGUAUGUUUCUAUGAAGAAUAUGGGUUGAUCCUGGGCGAAAUGAGGGGAAAGGAAAUUCUGUGGCGGCAUAGGCUUGUUCAUAUUUUGGGUAGAUAUGGUUUUGAGCUGACUGUGGUAGGAUGAAAAGCGGUCAGCCAUUGGCUGGAAUUUUGGGGUUUUGUUUCCCUGAGCAUGGCAAGAAAAUAGUUUGUUCAUGUUCAUCUUUUGAUCUCAGUUCUCACAUGUUAACCAGGGUAGGAAAACAAAGAAGAAGUGUACUUUUCAAAUGUCCAUGUUAAUCUUUCAACUUUCGCAGUUUAGUACCCUUUGGCUUUAUGAAGCCAUUGGAUGAUUGUUGUUUCCGGUUUCGGAUUUUCAACAGUCCAUAGUUGUUCAGUUUCUGAUCUCAAACAAUCUGUGGCGUGGUCUAGUAACAUUGGAAUGAAGCUGUCCAUCUCAC